GUGUGUGUGUGUGGUAGCUCUAUAGAUACAUCAGCAGCUGAGUCUUUGCCCGGCGUCGUCUGUUGCGUGUUUGCUGAAGACAUCCCCGGAUCGAACGUCACUGGAGCUGUCGUGUACGAUGAGACCGUCCUCGCUGACCGAGAGGUGACAUGCGUGGGUCACGUCAUCGGAGCCGUGGUGGCCGACACUCAGCUCCGCGCUCAGAGAGCCGCCAAGGCCGUGAAGAUCGAGUAUGAAGAGCUGCAGCCCAUCGUCACCAUCCAGGAGGCCAUCGCCGCCCAGUCCUUCUAUGAGCCAAUCAGAAGCAUCCAGAAGGGAGAAUUGGAGGCGGGGUUUAAACAGGCAGACCACAUCCAGGAAGGUGAGAUUCACAUGGGGGGUCAGGAACAUUUCUACCUGGAGACCAACGUCACGCUGGCGGUUCCCCGAGGAGAAGACGGUGAGAUGGAGCUCUUCGUUUCCACUCAGGCUCCGACCAAGACGCAGUCUCUGGUGGCGAAGGCGUUGGGCGUCCCCGCUAACAGGGUGCUGGUGCGAGUGAAGAGAAUGGGCGGAGGCUUCGGCGGGAAGGAGAGCCGAACCACCGUGUUGUCCACUGUGGUCGCCGUGGCAGCGAACAAGCUGAAGAGGCCGGUGAGGUGCAUGUUGGACAGAGACGAGGACAUGUUGAUCACUGGAGGGAGACACCCCUUCUAUGGGAAAUACAAGGUGGGUUUUCUCAACAGCGGUAAAGUCGUGGCUCUGGAUGUGUCGUACUACAGCAACGCAGGAAACUCCAUGGACCUGUCUCUGUCCGUCCUAGAGCGAGCUUUGUUCCACAUGGAGAACUCGUACAGUGUGGCUAACAUUCGCGGCCGAGGCUUCUGUUGCCGCACCAACUUGCCGUCCAACACCGCGUUCAGAGGCUUCGGAGGGCCGCAAGGCAUGAUGGUCGCUGAGAGCUGGAUGACGGACGUGGCUCAGAGGGUGGGGAGGCCGGCGGAAGAGGUGCGUCGGUUGAACCUGCACGUGGAAGGGGAGGCGACAUCCUACAACCAGGUCCUGGAUCAAUUCACUCUGGACCGCUGCUGGGACGAGUGUCUGUCACGAUCUGAUUACCAACAACGCCGAGCUGCCAUCGACCGCUACAACAGACAGAACCGAUGGACCAAACGAGGCCUCGCCAUCGUCCCCACCACGUUUGGUAUCAGCUUCACGGCUGUUUUCCUCAACCAGGCCGGAGCUCUGGUUCACGUCUACACCGACGGUUCAGUGUUGUUGACUCACGGUGGGACAGAGAUGGGACAGGGUCUCCACACCAAGAUGGUGCAGGUCGCCAGCAGAGUUCUGGAUAUCUCGUGUUCAAAGAUCCACAUCUCAGAGACCAGCACCAACACAGUCCCCAACACCAGCCCCACUGCCGCCUCCGCCUCCUCCGACCUCAACGGAGCCGCCGUGCAGAACGCCUGCGAGGUCCUCAUGAAACGUCUGGAGCCGUACAAGAUCAAGAACCCCAAAGGAUCAUGGGAGGACUGGGUUAAAGCUGCGUAUUUCGACCGAGUCAACCUCAGUGCCAACGGAUUUUACAAGACUCCAGACCUUGGUUACGACUUUGACACAAACCGCGGCCGAGCGUUCAACUACUACAGCUACGGAGUCGCCUGUUCAGAGGUGGAGAUCGACUGUCUCACCGGAGCCCACAAGGUCCGUCUGAAACCAAACGCACCAAACAGAAA